GGAUUUAUAUUGGGAUGUCAAGGUGUUCAGUUUGUGUCCAGUGUAUCCAGAUGCGACCUGGUGGAUGUAGGUGAAAACAAGAUUUGCUUUUGCUGUGAAGAAUUCCGUCUCAAUGAAUGCACAGAUGAAGAGACUGCGUUGAAGCUACACCACACGCAGUCAUGCAGUGCUGCUCACCUUCUUCUCAAGAAAGCUCUCUUUGCUCUCUGUGCUCUGGAUGCUCUCACCACCACAGUUUGCUUGGUAGCAGCUGCUGUGCAUUACCUACAGAUUUUUGCAACAAGAAGAUCUUGCAUAGUAAGUGAGUGCGAGAUUGAAGACGAAGAUCAAGGUUCAGAUCCUGAUGAUUUUGUCCCACCUGUACCUCCUCCCUCCUAUUUUGCAACUUUUUAUUCUUGUACUCCACGAACAAGUCGCAGGAUGCUUGCCUCUGAUGUGAUUCCAUUGCCCCAUAUUUACGGAGUGCGAAUCAAAGAUGUUGAAGUGUUUUGCCCUCUGGACCCACCUCCUCCUUACGAAGCUGUGUGGAACCAGAACAGCUCUGAGCAGGAAGGUGCACUACAAAUAAGUGUUGUGGACGUUGUUGAUUCAGGGAAUGUGAAUGACAGGCUGGCCUCUCAAGGUGAAGAAAUUCCUGAGUCUUCCAGCAGAGUGAGCCAUUCACCUUCAAACGCAAGCCUGGUGCCUGCAGAAGGAGCUUUCAGGACAGCCUUCAAUCCUUUGUUGAAGCAGUCUAAAAGUGACCCUGUGCUACACUGCCAGCUGCUUCAAGGGGCAGUGCUCAGCUGUGAAGCUGCAACACAAACUGAGGUGAAACCACAACUCUGCGCUGUCACCUUGCGGAAGAGUUUGAGAGUGAGAGCUUUGAGGGGAAGACCCCAAUCUUUGAUAGACUACAAGUCUUACUCAGACACUAAACGGCUUGUGACAUGGAUCCUAGAGCAAUCCUCCUGCAGCAUGAGCCCUGACAUACAUGAAUUGGUGGAAAAUAUCAAGUCUGUUUUAAAAUCAGAUGAGAAACUUAUGGUAGAAGCUAUCACCAGUGCCACCUUCCUUGAGCAGGUGAUGACACCUCCCCAGCAAGACAUGUCAUUCAAUGCCCAUGUGUUACCUUUCAGACAGCAUCCUGGAUUGCUGCACCUGGAGAGCUGUGGUGACCUGAGUACUUUCACCACAGAUGAUCAGCUAGCAGAGGGGAAGAUCCAGAGAGCAGAGCACGAACGGCCUCACAGUCUUAUUGGUGUUGUCAAGGAAACUGUACUUUGA